CCAUUUUGUUCGCGGACGCUGGGGACGGUGGGAGCAGAUCCAUUUCCGGGUUGGCAAAAGGGGCGGCGGCGGGGAAGAGAGCUUGCCGCGGGGCGAACGGGCAGGACUGAACCAGGACACAGGUGACGGAGGAUUCGCUCCCGGAGCAGCCCUGAGGUGGCGAGGACGCCGGGGCGGCCGAGCCCGCCGCUGAGGUAAGGUUUGCUGUCGUCCACCCAGCCAUCUCCCUCUUCCUCCCACGUGCAGGGGUUACAGGUGUGCUGCAUGUCAGCUAUCGUGCUUCUUAGAACUCUGGAGAGCCACUGUCCUGGAGUGAAGGAGCCAGCUGUGGUGUGUACCUGUGAUCUCAGCACUCAGGAGGCAAAGGCAGGAGAGGUAUAUGAAUGACCUAAAGCUACAAAUAAAGACGGAGAGAGAACGGUGCCAACUGGGAGCAGGGCAAGGAUGCCAAUUCCUCCUCCUCCCCCGCCCCCACCUGGUCCUCCCCCACCUCCCACUUUUAAUCAGGCAAACACAGAGCAGCCCAAACUCAGUAGAGAUGAGCAGAGGAAUCGAGGAGCCCUCUUACAAGAUAUUUGCAAAGGGACCAAACUGAAGAAGGUGACCAACAUUAAUGAUCGGAGUGCUCCUGUCAUCGAGAAGCCCAAAGGGAGUGGUGGUGGCUAUGGCCCUGGAGCUGCUGCUUUGCAACCCAAGGGAGGUCUCUUUCAAGGAGGAGUGCCCAAGCUGCGACCUGUGGGAGCCAAGGAUGCUUCAGAUACUCUAGCUGCUAAGCCAGCCCUACAAGUCCCCAGUUCUCGAGCGGCUGCUCCGAGGCCUCCAGUGUCUACAGCCAGUGGGCGUCCUCAAGAUGAUACUGACAGUAGCCGAGCCUCCCUCCCAGAACUGCCUCGGACGCAGAGACCCUCUUUACCCGACCUCUCUCGUCCCAAUACCACUAGUGGUACAGGCAUGAAACACAGCUCAUCUGCUCCUCCCCCACCACCUCCAGGGCGCCGUGCCAAUGCGCCCCCUACUCCUCUGCCUGUGCACAGCAGCAAAGCUCAGGCCUACAACAGAGAGAAACCGUUGCCUCCAACACCUGGACAGAGGCUGCACCCGAGUCGAGAAGGACAUUCUGCUCCACCCCCUGUAAAACCACCUCCUUCCCCUGUGAAUAUCAGAACCGGACCAAGUGGCCAGUCUCUGGCUCCUCCCCCACCGCCUUACCGCCAGCCUCCUGGGGUCCCCAAUGGACCCUCAAGUCCCACUAAUGAGUCAGCCCCUGAGCUGCCACAAAGACACAAUUCUUUGCAUAGGAAGACACCAGGGCCAGUCAGAGGCCUUGCACCUCCUCCACCCACCUCUGCCUCCCCCUUCUUGUUGAGUAACAGGCCACCUCCCCCAGCCCGAGACCCUCCUAGUAGGGGAGCAGCUCCUCCACCCCCUCUACCCACGGUCCGAAAUGGUGCCAGGGAUGCUCCUCCUCCCCCACCACCUUAUCGAAUGCAUGGGUCAGAGCCUCCAAGCAGAGGAAAGCCCCCACCUCCACCCUCAAGGACGCCAGCUGGGCCACCCCCUCCUCCACCACCACCCCUGAGGAAUGGCCAUAGAGACUCCAUCACCACUGUCCGUUCCUUCUUGGAUGAUUUUGAGUCCAAGUACUCCUUCCACCCAGUAGAGGACUUCCCUGCUCCAGAAGAGUAUAAGCAUCUUCAGAGAGUAUACCCCAGCAAAACAAACCGAGCUGCCCGUGGAGCCCCACCUCUGCCACCCAUUCUCAGGUGAAGCCUGGCUUGGUCCUGCUCCUCAGGAAAAGGAUGGACCUCCUCUUCUCAGAUGGUCCCCCAACCCGUAAAACCUGCAUGAGAGCUCCUACAGUGUUUCUCCAGUGCAACCAACCCUAAGCAUCCUCCUGGCCCAGUUCCAUCUAUGCAUCUCAUCUCUGGACUUGGUGAUUGGAUUCUUUCUGUUGGCAGUAGGGUCUCAAACCCUUUAUCCAGCCCUCUUCCAGCAAGCCCUGCUAAGCCAGAAGUGGAGAAAGCCUCCAUUUCUCCUGCUUUCUUCCAGGGAAAGGUGCCUUGUUAGGUGAAUGGACACACACUGGGCAGGGUAGAGAAUGGUACCCCUGCCUGCUGUUAUUCACCAAGGGGAAGUGUACUGUGUGCAUUGUAUUCCAUAGUUGAGGAGGUUGGUGUGGCCAGGACUGUUGAGGAAAAGGUACUUUUCGUGAAGCAGUCAGGGGGUUUGCAGAAGUGACCUGUUUUAAAGGUCAGGUUACAGAAAGGACAAAGAAAUGGGUCUUCUCCAUUUUUGAGAGUGUUUUGGUUUUGUUCUCAUCCCUCCUCUCCCCAUUCCAAGGGGUAAGUUGUACAUACACUAAAUACUAAUCAGUGAACUAGACAAUAAAAGAAGGGGACGAAGUAAACUGAGGAUCAUUCCAGAGCUAGUCGGCUCCUCUGCAGCUGAGGGCCAGGGCCAUCUGUACCCCUUGGGACCCCCUGCCUUUCCCCGGAGUGCUUCCCGUCCCUCAAGAGAAGAGUCACUUUUUGUUGGGUGGAUUAUUCAUAUUCACAAACCCCAGAAACUUCCUGUAAGAGAUGAAAAGAGGGGGUGAGGACCUUAACCUCAACCUCAAGUCGAUCUCAGUUUUUUUCUGAUUAACCCUGAAGUGGUUAGCAGCCCUCGGGGAAUGCUCCAGGGAGACUAGGGAAGGAGGAAGCACUUCACAGGAAGGUCUGGCUCUGGGGCUGCAAAGGUCUUGACGGCCUCCUCAUACCCAUCUCACAUCCGACAGCAGGGUCCUCAUGUUAUCUCUGCCACGCUGCUUUCCCAAGACUGCGGGUGCUAAGCCCACAGAGUAGAAAAGGGCAAGGAAAUACGUGGGGCCUUUGGGGGUGGGGCAUAUUCCGAGUCUUCUAAACCAAGAAGCACAAAAACUUAAGGAGAAAUGCGGCACUCCAGUCAGUGGGUCUUCCUUGGCAGCCAGCAAUACAUUGUUUCUGUCUUCCAGGUUGUAGGUAAACAGCACAGGAAAAAUGGAUGUUCCAACUGAGGUUGGUCUAUUUGACAGUGAGUGUCUCUUCUCCAACAGCAGUGUGGGGCCCCAGUGUGGGAACUCCACACACUGGAUAGGUUGGUUUCGUACAGUCAUAGCCAUGGACAAAGGCUGCUCCAACCUUGCAUGACCAUGGGGAAACCAGGUUGUCCUUUGACUCAAUAGGGGAAGCUAGUUAAAAACUUUCACAUCCGUCACAGGUUAAACUGUCACAGGGACCUUUCUUUUCUUUUCCUUAUUAUUAUUAUUUUUCAAGACAGGGUUUCUCUGUGAAAGCACUGGCUGUCCUGGAACUCGUUCUGUAGACCAGGCUGGCCUUGAACUCACAGAGAUCCACCUGCCUCUGUCUCCCGGGUGCUGAGAUUAAUGUCAUACAUUAUCACACCUGGCUCAUAGGGACCUUUCUAAUCUAAUGGAACAUAGGCUAAGGAUCUGUGUUUAAUGCCAGGUGAAACCCAAAUCUUCCAGUGUUGGUGAAGGUGGGCUUAACUUGGCUUAUUUAUUUAUUGAGUGUUACCCUUUGCCAUCUCCUGGACCACUUCGACUCUUGGGACAAGCAAUGAUUAGGUCUCAGCAGACUUCUAAUUUGUUCACUACUUAUUCUUCUUCUCAAAUGCAUUAGUAGUCAUCUCCAGGAGUAUCCCCAGCAUCCUCAAGUGAACAGAGUCAGAGAGAAGAGCUGGUACUGCAGGAGUUCCAGGGUAGACGCUAGUUGCUGAACUUUGACUGUGAAGUCUUCCCAUUUGUUUUUGAAAUGGGAGUUGAUGCCUUUUGUACAAUGCUAUCAGAGUGUAUAGAGAUGUCCCCUUACUGAAACAUAAAUCAUCAGAAUAUAUGAUAUAGCAAAUAAAGCCACACCCCAGCUUUUCACUGGGCUGAUCCUUCCUGCACAUGACCUGCGCUGUUCAUAUUCCCCAGAUUUGGAUGGUGUCAUGUGGGUAUUGAUUACAUUUCCAUUGUCUUUGCUCGAUGGGACAACUACCAAAAAAAGGCCUGGGUUUAGAUCUGAAUAAAUGGGUAUUCUCCUCUAGAGAAUGUUGAUGACACAGCACCUAAUGUAAAUGUCUUUGCCUUAUACAUCAUUUGGUCCCGCUGUUAGUAACAGAUUUAUUAUCAGUGUAUGUUUGCUAUUGAAGGUGGGAAUGUGAUCCUUAAAAUUGUUGGUCUAUUUUGUAUGUUGUACAAAGCUUGUAAUACAGGUUAAAGGUAGCGGGGCUGCAAGAGCACUGAAAAUUUCCCUUCUGAACUGCUUUUUUAUCUGUUUAUGGGAUGUCGUCUCUUCAGUGGGAGAUUGGGUGGUCUCACGUUGAGGCUGUUGCCUGAUCCUUUUAGUUCCUUUGUUCCCUCCCAAAGGGAAGAGACAUUGCCCAGCUAAGCAGCAAGAAGCUUUACCAACAGCUCUUCUGUGGGUUUUGUAGUGGUUUUCCCUAAUAGGAAACAGUAGCUGUUUCUUACUGCCCUACCUGAAGCUGGGCAGUGGCCUCUUGAUUUUCAAAUGAGCUAGAUGCCCCUCUUUCCCUGUCUCAAGUCACCAAACCUGGACCAAAGUACUAGGACAUUCCAGGUGUAGCUUUCUCUCUCCUGAGGAUUUGCUGCAGCUGCGGAGCCCUCCUGUUUUCACAGCCUCGGCCAAUUGUGUGAGCAGCUAGGGCUGUCCUAGCUGGAGAUGUCACCAGGAAUUUGUCCCUGCCCCCUUUCCUGACGAAGGCAAGGAAACGAGUCACUGGCAUUGCACUAGGGGAAUUAAUUCCCUUACCUAGUGGCUUCCCAGCUUGAAACCCAGAUUUACCUCCAGGGAGAGGUGAGGAGGAAAAAAUAACUGUAAAUAGAUUUGCUACAGAGCAACUCAGGGUUGGGGUAUGUUGUAAUUCUCCUGAUCACUUGAAUAAUCUGUAGGCUGAGUGCUUAUGGGAGUGUGGGAGAAAGGUGACUCCAGGGUCCUUCGUUCCGUGAAGUCUGGGAGUGGAGUGUUGGGCAUCAGAGGCCCUUCGAUAGCACUGUGCUGCGCUGUCUGUCCUUCUGCAAACCCAGACCAGAGUCUUCACAUUCCAGGUGUAAGUUUUCUUUCCCUGUGACUCAGUCCCUAAGUUAUGUGGUCAAGGUGACUCUGAGCCACCCUGGUUUAACCCAGAUUUAGGGAGUGAGAGGGAAGAGAGGAGGCCAUUAUAAUUCUGCCUUUAAGACUCAUUUCUUGAAAAUAAAAUGAAGUAAAAUGAUAACCACCUUCAAAAUCAUAUGCAGAAACAAAAACAAAAAAACCCAACAACCAUUUAACUGAAGGAAGGGUUCUGUUUCACUCAACUCCACCACGUUCAUUGUGCCUUUACUUGUGUUAGAUUUCUGUGCUUUCUCCCCCUCUAUGAAGUAAUUAAAAUCUUCCUUGAUAACUGCUGGUUCCUUUCUGCUCUUGAUUCUUACAGCUUCGCGGGGUCCUUCUCUGAUUGUCAUGUCUUGCUCCUCCCCCACCCCCGGGGCAGAGGGACUUAGCACACCCUCUUUUUUCACGUCUGACUUUUGUCCUUUCCCGCAGUUUCCAGUCUGGAAGUUACGGUCAACACUAAAUAAAAGACCAGAGUACGUGUGUGUGUGUGUGUGUGUGUGUGUGUGUGUGUGUGUGCCCAUCAUCUGCAUGUAGAUCAGUUUCUUUAAAAAAUAUAAUUUAUUGUGUGAUUUAUUUUGGAGUUUUUAUUCUGGUUUCAGUGCUUCUCCACAAUAGCACUGAUCUUUGCACCCCUUGUCCCCCGACAGAAAAUGUAUAAUCUGGUUUCAGGUUGAAUUCCUUGGUACAUUUCUUUCUUCUGGAUGCUGUGCAGUUUAAUUAAAUAUUUAAAAAACUAAACAAACAAAAAAGAAAACUGUGUAUUUUUGUCAUGAGUCAAGGCAGUGUAACUCAAGAGUAAUACUGAUGGCAAGGAGAGGGGAGGGAAUCCUCUUCUGGGUAAGUGUGGCAGUUUGAUUUCAGGUUCCCCCGAGGAAGGACGUGUGCCAGUGCGCAUGGCAGAAGCACCUGCAGCUCUCAGAGGACUUUUCUUUCUUUCCUUCCUUCCUUCCUUCCUUCCUUCCUUCCU